CCUGCCCCCGUCGCACCUGCGUGUACCUAUUCUCUCUUCCUCUCUCUCUCUCUUUCUCUGUCUCUUUCUCUCUCUUUAUCUCUUUUUCUCUUUCUCUUUUUCUUUCCUUCUCUUUUUUCUCUCUUUUUCUUUUCCGUAUCUCUUUUCCACUGCCUCUUGAUCAUCCGCGAUCCGUAGCCUCUUUCGCGUCAAGUGUGCCGAAGGCCCCGGCAGGAUCGAUUUAGUCACCUUCAACAGGAUAACGUCAGAAUGUGUCUUCGUCGCGGAGAGGAUAUGAUAAGCACGGCGAUCCAGGUAUGAAGAAAUCAGGAAAAAUUGAAGACACGAGAAGGUGUAAGUAGGUGUAUAAGUAGCGCUAAAGUAGAAAAGUAAAUCUGACGGAGUAGAAAAUCGGAAUGCGAAAAAGUGAGAUAUCAGGUGGACGCCGAUUGGGAUACCAAGGAAUCAUUAUGCCAGAACGAAAAUAAUCGAAGGAAUCGAGGCAGAAGGCGAUCGUGCGAAAGAAAGAAAAAGACGAAAUAAUAUAGAAAACGAUGACGGUUUGCAAAAAAAAGAAGCAACGUGGCUCGUGCGUGCGUGGACGAAACACACACGUCGGUCAUUAGAAUCGCAUUGUCGAAAUUCGGAACGCGCGGACGGAAUGUUUGUUGCUCGGGAUAAACCCGCCAGCAGUGGGUACAUCGUUCGAUUAAUCGAUUAGCGGCGAUAACAAUUUGAGUUUAGCCACUAUCUCGGCUUGGAAACGCGAAGCAACAAGAGCCGAAUGUUUGCACUCCGAAAAUACCUGGCGAACCAAGACUAUCUGUGAAUUUUUCGUUUAAAUGUCAAAUCGAUCUUCGAGAUUGAUUGCCGCUUCAUUAAAACGGAUCUGACAAAAUCGGAACAAAACGAGGCGAAUGAUGUCCAAUUGACAAAGACCGCACAGCAGGAAUGGCUCCCUUCAGUUCCGUCUUCCUCGGUGUCUGGGGAGUGUUUGUUGUCACUUUGAUACAGGAAUCGACACCAGUCAGCUGGGAAGAAUGGUGGACGUACGAUGGUAUUUCCGGUCCUGCCUUCUGGGGCCUUAUCAACCCGGAAUGGUGGCUCUGUAACAAAGGUCGAAGACAAUCACCGGUCAAUCUCGAACCCUCUCGACUGCUUUUCGACCCGAAUUUACAACCGCUUCAUCUGGACAAGCACAGAAUCAAUGGCGUGUUGGCGAACACCGGGCACAGCGUUGUGUUCGCCGUAGAGAACGACACCCGUCAUCCCGUUAAUAUCUCCGGUGGUCCGCUCAGUUAUCGUUAUCAGUUUCACGAAAUUCAUCUCCAUUUUGGCUUAGACGAUCGCGUAGGCAGCGAACAUACCGUUGACGGACACCCUUUCCCCGCCGAGUUGCAGAUAUUCGGCUUCAACUCGCAGCUUUAUAACAACUUCUCGGACGCGCUGCAUAGAGCGCAAGGAAUCGUGGCGGUGUCGCUUCUUUUGCAGGUGGGCGACCUCUCGAACCCAGAGCUGAGAACGUUCACGCAGCAGCUGGAUAAAAUCAAAUACGGAGGCCAAGCUAUGGAAAUUAAACGUUUCGGGGUGCGCGAACUUCUGCCGGACACGAAGCAUUACAUGACGUACGACGGCUCCACCACGAUGCCGGCGUGUCACGAGACCACCACAUGGAUCAUCCUCAACAAGCCCAUAUACAUCACCAAGCAGCAGCUGCACGCUCUGAGGCAAUUAAUGCAAGGAGACGAAAAACAGCCAAGCGCACCGCUUGCAAACAACUUUAGACCACCGCAACCCCUUCAUCAUCGUCCUGUUCGGACGAACAUUGACUUCAAUGUUCAGGGUCCGAAGAAUUGUCCGACGAUGAACAGGGACAUAUAUUAUAAAGCCAAUAGCUGGAAAUAAUACCCAGUUCUGCCGUGAGGUCAACGUUCGCAGUAACUACGCUUUUUCCCGGAAUGAGCUGGAACUUUUCGCUGUAAGGAAAAAAAUUGACAUAUCAAUUAUGGGCGGGUGAUGCCGGGUCACAAAAAAAAAAAAAAAAAACAAUUACAGCAAA